AUGUGGAAGGAGCGAGCAAGGUACUCUGUACAAGUAACGCCAUUGGCCUGUAUCCUAAGAACUUCAAUAUCAUCAGCAACCACUACAGUUCAAGCUAAGGAUCAAUCAAUCAAGUACCCCGGCAAGCCUGGCUGCCAAGCUGCUCGAGAGCCCAGCUGUGAGGAAGACACCAAAAAGAGACUCGAUUCUGCUGGACCAGGAUCCUCGUUCCAGCGAUUUAAUUUCAUUUCAGGGCCUGUCGUGCCCCUCCCGCCUCUCCCACUCUCCCAACCUAGUCCCAUCGGUAAGGCAGGGGAAGAGGGAAAGCUGUGUUGCAGCGGUACGGCGGGCGGCGUGCCUGAUUCUGAGGUGCCACUAGCAUCACCCGAAAAUCCGCCCACAGUCGACAAGUCGAGACUCAAACAACGGGCCAGCGACCUUGCGAACCUACCAGACGCCGCCAAAAGCCAUCGAGGACUCUUGGGAGCCAUAGAGCCUGCACAGAGUCCCACGGACUGA